AGCAUAGUCAAACUUGGUACUUAACAUAACAUAUACAAAACGACAAAAUUGUAUGACUCUGUCUCUCUGUACCUUUAUUCAAUCUCAUCUCUGAAUUCUCAUCAUCUCUGAAAAUGGCUCGUAAAAACAUUGAACCAAGCACCAUUUUGUUAAACCGUUUGAUUCUUCUUUUUGUGUGUUUUGUUUCUUGCGGUUUGGUCUAUGUUUUCCUCUCUGCAGUAACAAGAAGUGGUUCUGUUUCGGAGUUUAGGAAUAUUGGGUCAACGUUGGAUUUGGUUGGUGAGAAGAAUGUUGGAGGGUGUUGUAGAGGGAUUGAAAAUUUGGAGCUUUGGGGUUCAGCUGUGAAAUGGGGUUCCGAGUUUAAGUUUAAUACUUCUGAAGAAUGUUGUAAUUCUUGUAAAUCUAUGUGUACUGGGAAAGAUGGACCUUGUCUUUGUGAUACAUGGGUCUUUUGUGGGAAUCGGGAGGCUUGUGGAUCCAAAUUCGGCGAGUGUUGGUUAAAGAAACAAAAGGACAGCUUAGCCCCUGAACGGCAAGAAGAAGGGCCUAAUGGGGAGAUAAUUAGUUGGACUUCUGGUCUCAUCUUUGGAAAAGGAGAGGGUAUUAUUGGAUUGGAAACUGAACACGGAACUCUUCAUAUAAAACUUUUCCCUCACUGUGCUCCACACACAGUUUCCUAUAUUCUAGAACUGUUGCCUAUGCGCCAUUGUGCAGGCUGCCAAUUUUACCGUGCAGAGAGUCGAGGUCAAUCAUGGGAUUCAGAAGGAAACCAUAUAAAAAAUGCUGGUUUUGGUCCUCCAUUUGCAUUAAUUCAAGGGACAUUAGAAGCACAAGGCACACCAUUCAACAAACUUCCUGUUGAAGAUUGUCCAAUCCUAAGAAGAGGUUCAGUUGCUUUAAUCGGUCCCGGUCCAGAAUUCUUUAUUAGCUUAGCUGAUCAUUCAGAGUGGAAACAAGAAUACACAGUCUUUGGUUCUGUUCUUCCUGAAGACAUGAAUGUUGCUGAGAAAAUUGCUACACUCCCCACUUUACCUGAUGUUUGGAACAAUGUUAAUGUGACCGUUUUGAAAAAACCCGUUCCAUUCUUGCUCAGACGAAUCAAGAAAAACAACCAAGAUUGAAAUUUUGAAACAAUUUGUAGGUUUCAAUUCUUUUGGUUCCAAAGCUCAUACGUAUUUUCAAUCUGUUGAUAAAACGUCUGUUGUGUAAUUUCUUGACCUUUUCUUUUUAUAUAAACAUUUUCUUCACUUAAUUUUAUAUUUGGUAUGAA